GGUAAAGCCCCAGCAGUGAUUCGAGGGGUAAACUGACAAAAAACAAGAAGAAGAAGACUUGCCCUAUUGUUGCUAUUUCCGGUCUGCGUGUCCCGAGAGCGAGAGUGGCGUAGAGCUGCGGUAAAUUGUUAUAGCUGGUCUGAACUCUGAAGGGACUUGAAUGUCGUCUCCUUUUCACUUCUCCAAGGCCACUUGAGGAAAGUUGGCAGAAUCCAUCCGAGGACACACCAAAAAUCCUUUCAAUCUUGCUUCCGCUUCGAGUCGUUUGGAUGCAUCGUGCACUUUGAAAUAUGGUGACGUGUUUGGCUAACCUUAGCCUAGCCUAUCUUAACCGCUAACAAAGAAAAGAAACCACGCGCUUGAAAUCGACUAUCAAGCCCGUAAAAUGUCAGAUGUCAGCCAAGCUCAUUAUUCUGAGCGCGAGGAGUCUGCAUGUACCAAAGAGGAGGAGGAAGAGUCCCAAUAUGUCAAGGAGGAGGAGGAGGAGUUCUUAUACAUUAAAGGCCUCCAAAAUUAUCGUGGUCCUGAGGAAAUUAAACAAGAGGAGCCAGAGCCCCCUACACAGCAAGAGAGAAAAGAGCAUCUUCCGAUCAAAAAGGAGGAGGAAGAGCUGCCAUACGUUAAUGAGGAGGAACAUGUCAGCAGGUCUACUAGUGAGUCCUUGGAAAGUGAAAAUGGUCUGAGUGAGACCAGCAGAAGUGUGUUUCCUCCAAGCAGCAGUAACAGCAGCUCAACUGAAGGAUUUCAAGCCGACAGUUUCAUUGCCCUACCAUCAGUUAGCAAAGACGCCACCUCAAACUCGCCGUACAAUGACCAUGAUGAUGGUCAUAAGAAAGCUCACAGUGACAACGAAAUCUGCAAAUGUUCUCAUUGUGGGAAAACCUUUGGAAGUAAGUAUAAUUUGAAAAGACACAUGAGUAGCCUCGCUUGCAAGAAAUCGUUUUCCUGCUCAGUUUGUGGUGAAGGCUUCACUCGAAGACAACAAUUAAUAACCCACACAAGAACCCACACUGGAGAAAAACCUUUUUCCUGCUCGGUUUGCGACCGAAGAUUCGCACGGAAAGACUACUUAAGAGAACACGCAAAAACCCACACUGGCGAGAAACCUUUUUCCUGUUCAGUUUGUGGUCAAGACUUCACUCAAAGACCACAUUUAAUAAGCCACACAAGAACCCACACUGGAGAGAAACCUUUUUCCUGCUCGGUUUGUGGCCGAAGAUUCGCACGGAAGGACUGUUUAAGGGAACACGCAAGAACCCACACCGGUGAGAAACUUUUUUCCUGUUCAGUUUGUGGUCAAGGGUUUGCUACACGGCAAAACUUAAAAAGUCACACAAGAACCCACACUGGGGAGAAACCUUUUUCAUGCUCAAUUUGUGAUCGAAGAUUCGCGCGGAAGGAUUACUUAACAGAACACACGAGAACCCACACUGGUGAGAAACCUUUUCCCUGUUCAGUUUGUGGUCAAGGAUUUGCGACAAGGCAAAACUUAAAAAGUCACACAAGAACACACACUGGGGAGAAACCUUUUUCAUGCUCAUUUUGCGGGCAAAGGUUUACUCAAGGCCAACACUUAACAAUACACAGAAGAACCCACACUGGAGAAAAACCAUUUUCUUGCUCAAUUUGUGAUCGAAAAUUCAGUCACAAGAGCACCUUAAAAAUGCACACAAGAACCCACACUGGAGAAAAACCUUUUUGCUGUUCGGUUUGUAGUCAAAGAUUUGCCCGGAAGGAAUCCUUAACAGAACACAGAAGAACCCACACUGGUGAGAAACCUUUUUCCUGUUCAGUUUGUGGUCAAGAGUUUGCUGCAAGGCAAAACUUGCAUUGCCACAAAAAAAUCCACACUCAGGAGAAACCCUAUUCCUGUUUAGUUUGUGGUAAAGGGUUUACGUUUAAUACGCAGUUAAAAAUACACACACGAACCCACACUGGAGAAAAGCCUUUUUCUUGCUCGUUUUGUGAUAGAAGAUUCAGUCACAGGAACAGCUUACAAAUACACACAAGGACCCACACUGGAGAAAAACCUUUUUCCUGCUCAGUUUGCGGUCAAAGCUUCAAUAGUGGGGCAGGCUUAAGGAGUCACAGAAGGACACACAGUGGAGAAAAACCUUAUCCCUGUUCAGUUUGUGGUCAAAGGUUCACUCACAAGAACAACUUAAAAAUGCACACAAGAAUACACACUGGUGAAAAACCUUUUCGCUGCUCAGUUUGUGAGCAAAGAUUCACUCACAAGAUGACCUUAGAUAAACACACAAGAACACACACUGGAGAAAAACCGUUUUCCUGCUUAAUUUGUGAUCAACGCUUUGCUCAAAGGCAACACUUAAAAACACACGCAAGAACUCACACUGGAGAAAAGCCAUUUUCCUGCUCGGUUUGUUGUCAAGGAUUCACUCAAAGGCAACACUUAAAAACACACAUAAGAACCCACACUGGAAAAAAACCCUUUUCCUGCUCAGUUUGUGGCAGGAGCUUUAGGCACAAAAGUACCUUACAAAUGCACACGAGAACCCACACUGGAGAAAAACCUUUUUCCUGCUCGGUUUGCAAUCAAAGUUUCACUCAAAAGCAAAGCUUAAUUAUUCAUAAAAGAAUCCACACUGGAGAAAAACCAUUUUCCUGCUCAGUUUGUGGUCAAGCGUUUUCUACAAAGCAAUACUUAAAAAGGCACUCAAGAACCCACACUGGCGAAAAACCUUUUUCCUGUUCAGUUUGUGGUCAAAGUUUCGCUCACAAUGAAACCUUAAAAACACACAUUAGAACUCACACUGGAGAAAAACCUUUUCCCUGCUCAAUUUGUGGCCAAGGGUUCACGCAAAUGGCACACUUAAAAGCACACGCAAGAACCCACACUGGAGAAAAACCCUUUUCUUGCUCAGUUUGUGGUCAAGGGUUUACUCAAAGUCAACACUUAAAAUCACACAGAAGAACCCACUCUGGAGAAAAACCCUUUUCCUGCUCAGUUUGUGGCCAAAAAUUCACUCGGAAGGAUGGAGCUGUAGCACAUGUGUGUGUUGGUAUUUGAAGUGGUGGCCAGUUACGGUCUUCCCUGUCAUUCAUGCUGGCUGCGUCAGCUUUGGGCACGCAGGACGAUUGUAUUCAGUCGACCUUCUCUCGCAUAUGAAGUUAUAAGUCAUGAUCCGUAAGCCUGGGCAAUCGGCACACAAAAAGAUUAAUCCCCCCCCGAUUCUUUCAGUUUUAUUUAUAUAUGAAUAUAUAUAUAUAUAUAUAUACAUAUAUAUUUAUAUAUAAGUAGUACUACUAUUUUAUUUCUUCAAAAAAUCUGUAAUUUGACAAAAUAGAGAAUAGUGAAACCUUUUAUUCAAUGAUGACAUAAAUAUGGAAUAUUCUACCUCUUGCAAGCUUCACCUGUCACAUUAAAUUUUAAAAUGAUCAAGAACAUUAAAAAAUAACUAUAUGGGUCAAGAUUUCAAAAUGCUUUAAAACUAUAACUGUCUCACAAAUGCGGGUCUUUUUGGGGAGGGGGGGUAAUAUGUGUAAAAACCUUGAGAAAUUUUAAGUUUGUCAUGACUAUUUCUGUAAUGUACAUCUUCAAUACCUCAGUGAUAUAUUAAUGCCCAUUGACCUCUAACAAAUUAAAUAAGAAUAUACAUAUGAGAAAACAAAUGGCGCAACCCUCUGGGCCUUCUACACCUUCAGAAAAGGAAAAAAAUAUGGCCCAAUCAAAUAAAAAUUGUACAUGAAACCAAAAAUACAAGGUGUUAUUAAUUAUAGUAAGGGUUUUCUGGCGUUUACCGUGAAUGUGUAAUUAAUCAAGGAGGUGUUAUGGGGAAUGAUCCAAAAAUGAACACCAUGUUUCAGAAAGAAAAUAAAUGUUCCUGGCUAGUCAUCAUUUUAUUUGUGUUGCUCGGGUCCAAACUAAAUGAAAAAGUGCUACUUAAAAGAUUUGCAAAAAUUUGAGGCUAUAUUCAAAAUUUCCCAUUUUACAUCCUAGUUAUGCAGAAAAUAUUUGUGAAAUUUCAUUUUGUCAUGUUUCAGGUCAGACUAAGUCUAAAAUAAGGCUGAAAAUGUACGUACAUAUACUGCACAGGCCAAAGGUUUGGACACAUCUCAUUCAAUGCAAUGAAGGUCCCAACCUCGUUGAUGAAGCAAUACAUUUUACAGAAAAGGUAGAAACCAUUUUAGGUGACUCUUGAAGUUCAUCAAGAGAAUAGCAAGAGUGUUCAAAAAAAGUAAUCGGAGCAAAGGGUGGCUACUUUGAAGAUAAUAGAAUAUUACACAUGUAUUUAAUUAUUUCACCUUUUUUGAUAAGUACAUCAUUCCACACAUGUUCAUUCAUAGUCUUAUUACCUUCAAUGAGAAUUUACAAUGUAAAUGAUGAAAUUAAAGAAAACGUAUAAAUGAGAAGGUGUGUCCAAAUAUGGACUGUAAAUAUCAAAGCUUUAGAAAGUACAGCAGUGAAGACGGGAGGAAAAUAGAAUUUUAAACAUUUUGGGAACAAAAGUGUUUUUAUAUUUCAAUGCGAGAAUACAAACAAGGAAACAUUGGGAACAAAAUAUGUGUACGAUGGUGUAAUUUGUAGGGAGUACAGUGUUAUGUUAUUAGAUGAAUGUUUUUGAACGGAUGUACUGUGUAUUCUAGUUUUGUACUCAUAAUAAAGUCCUUUUUUUGGGGAAACAAUUUGUGCCCUUUUUUUUUCAAGUACUGACAUACAACAUACAGGCUGAAAUUGCGGUGAAUCGCAUUUUGUAUUUUUGUAGUGAACAAAUUAUUUAUUUGAGAUUUUAAAUACAGAUUAGCACAGGAGUGAACCUUACAUCAUUCAAAUUUAAGCCUUGUUGGAAACGAGUUGGGCAACUUUACACUUAUAGGAUGAAUUAAACAUCCAUUUUCCCAAACAAUAAAAUAAAAGGGCGGCACAGUGAAGAAGUGGUUGGCACGUCCGCUCAGUUCGGGGAUAGAGAGUUCAAGCCCUGAUCCUGCGUUCAGUUUCCAUUCAAAAUAACGUGUCGCUGUAUCCGGCUGCCAUAUUGUCCGUAUUUUUUAGACCUAUUCUCAUUGUUUUCAAUUAGUCGUGCAAGUUAUAGAGCAAUUCAUGGAAGCCCCGGUGUUAUCUGACGCUGUAAACCCAUUGGAUGCGUUG